CAUAUUUCCAACCCGAUUUCAAUUCAAUGAUAUUCAUCAUUCAUCUAUCAACUCCUCCGCCACCUUCACAAUCCAUUUGUGUUGACCACUUGUCAUUCGCAACCCACUUUUAAAAUUCUUCACUACCCCCCAAUCACCAAACCCCAUUCUUGAUUUCUCUAUCUUUAUUCACUCACCACCCUACACCCUCAAAAACCCUUCCUUCAAUCACACCAAAAAAAAAAGAUCGGUUGAAUAAGAUUCAAACAAUUCGUUUGGUUAUAACUUAUAAUGCAUAAUUAUAAACGUAAACAUUAAGGUGUGGCUUAUGGGCAAAAAAGACAUGCCUAAACGGUCUCAUCUAAAGAAACCCACGUGGAUUAUUAUACUGGUUUCAUUAGUUUGUGUGUUUUUAGUCGUCGGGUAUGUCUAUCCACCGCGAGACUCUACCGCUUGCUAUAUAUUUUCGUCUUCUAGUUGUAAGAAGAUAUCCAGGUGGCUUCCACCGCCUGAAAGAGAGCUUAGUGAUAAAGAGAUUGCGUCUCGUGUUGUAACUAAAAAUUUAUUGAACACUCCACCGAUCAAAACGAAAAAUCCCAAGAUUGCGUUCAUGUUCUUGAGCCCAGGAUCAUUGGCGUUUGAGAGAUUGUGGGACAAAUUUUUUCAGGGCCAUGAAGGAAGAUUUUCAAUCCAUAUUCAUGCAUCCAGGGUCAAACCAGUGCAUUCUAGCCGUUACUUUCAAAAUCGUGAAAUUCGCAGUGAUAAGGUAGAUUGGGGGAAAAUUUCAAUGGUUGAUGCUGAGAAACGGCUAUUGGCGAAUGCACUGAAAGACCCCGACAAUCAGCAUUUUGUGUUACUUUCUGACAGCUGUGUACCGUUGCACAACUUUGACUAUAUUUACAACUAUCUUAUGUACACAAAUGUCAGCUUCAUUGACAGCUUUGAGGAUCCUGGUCCACAUGGAAGUGGUCGGUACUCGGAUCAUAUGUUACCUGAAGUCGAAAAAAAAUUCUUUAGGAAGGGUGCUCAGUGGUUCACGAUGAAGCGUCAACAUGCCAUCAUAGUUAUGGCGGAUAAUCUCUACUAUACAAAGUUCAGAGAUUAUUGUAGGCCGGGUAUGGACGGGCGCAAUUGCUACGCAGAUGAACAUUAUUUGCCAACAUUUUUCCAUAUGUUUGAUCCUACUGGGAUUGCAAACUGGUCGGUGACACACGUUGACUGGUCAGAACGAAAAUGGCACCCGAAAUCAUACGGUCUGAAGGACGUUUCUUACCAGCUCAUCAAAAAUCUCUCGUCUAUCACUGAAAGUGUUCAUGAAACGAGCGAUAGAAAGAGGGUAACUACCAUUACGCCUUGUAUGUGGAACGGUAUGAACCGGCCGUGUUACUUAUUUGCAAGAAAAUUCCUGCCCGAGACGUUAGACACUUUGAUUGACCUUUUCCCUCGUUACACGACAAUAUGAUAUUUUUACUCCUGAUUCUUUAGACGGGUCAUAGUCAAACCCGUUAGUCCAAACGGUAUUCGCCUCACUCUUUUCAAACUUGGGUCUGUUUUAGAGCGGAAGAACAAGUAAAUGUGAACAACUGGGGACAAGUUUGAGAUGAUAGUGAGGAAGAAGAGAUCUAUUUUAUGUUAAUUUUGGGAGAAUUAAUUAAUGUAGUAGUAUUUUUGUUUGAAAUUUUGUAGAUUGAAACAACUAAUGAGUAUAACUAUAACCCCAAGUUGAAAUAGUGUUUUCAUGGUUGCAUUUGUUCUAAUGAGAUUGAGAACUGUGUUUGAAAGA